CUCGUUGCGAACUGGUCGAUUUGUUUACUUGCGGACCCGCUAAGGCCGCUAAUCGAAUGAUCGUCGAGGCGCGACCGCGCGAUCAGCUGCUACUGAUACCGCUUGCGAUUCCGAUAACGUCGUCCGCAUGAGGAUUCAUCUGUGAAUCUCGCACGAACCAGUCUAAUCUCGCACAGGAGGAGGCAUCUCGUAUAGUUAUUUCUCCACAGGUGGGAGAUUGUCGCGUUCGUCGCGGUCCUCGAAGAUGGUGAAAAUAGCUCUGCGGAUUACGUGCCGGCUCGACAACGUCGAGGAGCUACGGCCGUCCGGGCCCGAGUUCAGGUGGUGCCUCAAGUUUACCUGCUGCAACUGCGGCGAGACGUCGGACAAGUGGAACUACGUCUCCCUGGACGAGUCGACGCCGGUGCAGCGAGGCAGCGGGGUCAAUCACUUCGUGAGUAAAUGCAAGCUCUGCUCACGCGAGAACUCCAUGUCGAUAAUCGAGGAUUCGAUCGGCGCCUUCACCGCGGACGACCAGGGCCAGUUCAAGACGGUCGUGGUGUUCGACUGCCGGGGUAUCGAACCCUCCGACUUCUCUGCGAGGGAGGGCUGGGUGGCCAAGGCCGUGGACGGCGGCAAGGAGUUUGCCGAUGUCGAUCUGACCGAGGGCGAGUGGGAGGACUACUGCGACAAGAUCAUGGAGCCAGUGGGAAUAUAUGAGAUCCAGCACAGGUUCGAGAGAAUCAAGUGAGAAGAUUUACCAUCCACCGGCCGCGCCGUUUUUCAUCGUCAGAAUUUCACAACGGAUCAGAUUUCCCUGCUGCCAGCCGCUAAGCAAAGCGAAGCAACACACACACACACACACACACAGUCUGUUUUGUGUAAAUAUGUAAAGAUAUGCAUUUACAGUCCUCAAUGCCUCUUUCACACCCUCACGCGCACACAGAUUGUUAAUAGACAGAAUACAAAGUUAUAAGAUCGUUAGAUUCUAACUAAUAGAGACCUCUCGUCAAGAGGAUUGAUAUCGUUCGUUUUCUGGCUAUGUAGAAUUCGCGUGUCUGUGACUUCUUAUUAUACGGCCUCUUUCUGCGUCUGUAAUCAACGAAUAAUGAAUGUAUCAGAAAGAUGUGAUUUAACUGAUUAAUUCCAUCAAUCAUAUAAUAGAUAACAAUAAUUUUGUUGUACUGGGCUCGUUAAACAUUAUCUUGCCAGUGUUUGAAGUUCAAGAGAAUAGUUGAAGUAAAUUUUUAUUCCUGCCUUCGAAAAUAAUGCUGAUAAAAAAAGAGUAAAUUGAAAUUUGUACUUGGACAUUUCACUGCCUGAUUUUAAAUCUGUUUCUACCAUUCAAAAUAUUGUACAUUUGUUUGAGUUACUCAACAUGUUAACAGCAAAAAAAAAACAGCUUACAAUAUUAAGGUGGAAAUUGACUGAGAAUUCGCUCACUCUUAGACUGCUUCAUUGUUCUCACAAUUAAUCGGUUAUUUAUGAAUUUUAAUUGGGACUAUGGUUUUUUUGUUUUCCUAUAAAACAUGAUAGGAAUCAUUGCUUUGUAAUAAACGUACAGUCUUUUCAUAAA